AUGAAGUCGCCGUUCGUCACGCUGACCCCAGAAGAGUUGCUGUCAAUCGCGCCCGACGUUCGAAACAAGUACCGCGACGCCGUCACCCCUAAGCGAGUCUCGACGGAACCCGUCGCGUCGGCCCACAUCGUAGAAAUCAGCGCCGACGACGUCACGGCCGUCAACCAGCUCUCGUGUUCAGGUGCAACGUUGGAACCCGGUGCUACAAUCGUCCCCGACCCAUAUGAAACCUAUCUGAAGCACAUCCCGCACGGCGAGCACCCCGCAGAAUUCACCGUCGCCCGUGAUUCGAACGCGAUUCGUUCGAUCAUCGCGUUGGUCGACAACAAAGAGCAGAUCGAAUGCAUCGUCGACCCCGGUUCGCAGAUCGUCGCCAUGUCGGAAGAGGUCUGUCUCGGCCUCAACCUCCUCUUCGAUCCUACUAUCCAGCUGAACAUGCAAUCGGCGAACGGCGAGGUGGACCGAUCGCUGGGACUCAUUCGAAAUGUUCCCUUCCGCAUCGGUGAGAUCGUAUUGUAUCUUCAGGCUCACGUCAUUCGAAACGCAGCAUACGACAUUCUCCUCGGCCGACCCUUCGAUGUGCUCACGCAGAGCGUCGUCAAGAACUUCGCCGACGAGAACCAGACCAUUACGAUCCUCUGUCCGAACACCGGCGAAACCGUCACGAUUCCGACCAUCCUCUCGGGUGUCGCAAAUCGCAUUUUCUCGCUUCGAGGAAUUGAUUCCCCAUGA